UUUCAGCAAGGUGUGUGUUUACUGUUUACGUGUGUGUACGCAGUUUAAAAAGGUAGAACGCGCAACACCUGUACAAAAAACAAAAAGAAUUUUUUAUUUAUCGCAUAAUAUGGUAAAAUUGAACUUCCUCGUCUUACAUGUUAUGGUGUAGGAGUCAAUUUUUAUAAUUGCUUCUAUCAUCUUUUACCCUACGAAAGAGAGAGAGGAGAUAGCUCGUAUGAUAUAUCCCUUAAAAAAAUUAAUGUUUUUCUAAAAAUAGAGCAUACGAUGAAGUAACUAAGAGUGAUUCAAGUAUGUUUCCUCCUUGCUUUGAGAAGUUGAAGAAUAUUUGUAUUAGUGACGCAGCUAAUUCAUCUAUCUCAAACAAAAACAUUGUAUUAUCGGAAAUGGAUAGGAAGCAUAAUGAAUAUUCUGGCAUUAAAAAUAACAAUAAGUGCGAAAAUAGGUCCAUUAUUCUAGAGAGUUAUGCACAGGAAAGGCUUCAUACUCCAAGUAACAAUUUUAUCAGAAUAGGAGUUAACAAAUCUGAUAAUCUGGAGCAGAAGAUACAUAUAGGAAGAGAGAAUGCAAUGGAAAGUGAAACAAAUUCAAAUAGAAAUAAAGUACCUGAAUCCUAUAAAUUAGUUACUCUACAAAAUACAGCACGUGAAACUGAAUUUGUACCUGAAUAUCCUACUAAAAGAGAAAAUUUAGAUUAUACAUCAAAUAUACGUUCUCAAAAAAAACUUUUGUUCUCAAUUAAGCCGGGAACAUCUAUGGAAACAAAAAGCACAGAUAUCUUAGUGGCAUCCAGAGACAAAAGUAUAAGUUUAUUACAUCAAUCAUGUGCAGAGGAUAAUGCUAAUAUAAACAAAACCAUACCUGAUCAAAAUGAAAAAGAUUUUCAGAGGGACAAAAUGAAUGAUGUUAUUGUAUCAAAUAAUUUUACCCAAAGUUUAACUGACGAUAACAUCUUGUCGAUCAAAAUACAAAAUCAAAUUAUGAACGAACAGCAUAUUACUUUAUCAGACAAGAGAACUGUAACGAAAAAGCAAGAAAUUGAGGAAAUCAAGAAUGGAGUAACUGUACUACCAGCUAAACCAACAAUAUCACUGCGCACAAAUUUGAAAGCUUCUAUCGAAGAUAAUAAUAAAAAGUCAAAAUUAAUUAAAGUUGAAAAUAAAUUGACAAAUUCAAUGCAAUCAUUUGCAGGAGGAGCGCAAUCGACGAUAGUAGACGAUAGUAACGAUUUAAAGUUGACAGAAAAAUGUUCAGAGCUUGUACAUUCGAUUAAGCAAGAAAUUCCAUCUGAAGAAAAUACAAAUAGGAAGUUUAUAUCUAAAGCAGCGGAUGAAAAUGAUGAUUUAUUUAAAUCAUCAUUUUUAUCCGUUGAGAAUAAUGCAGAACAUCGGGAUACAUCUGUAGCAAGUGAGAUAAAUGUGGAAUAUGACGAACAAAGCCAGUCAUUUGCAGUACAAAAUAUCAAGAGAAAAAGAGGUAGACCUAAGAAAGUGAAAGAUAGUUCCACAGAUCAAAUCACGCCGAACAGAUCAAGAGAUGAUAUGUUGCGAGAGAUUCCCAAAACUAGCACCGAAUCCAUAACACAUGACAGAAGACGCGCUAGUAAAAGAUUUGAUAUCAGUAUGAGCGAUGAAACUGAUACCGCGGAAGAAGAAAUUUUCGUCGUCAAGAAACGAGGUCGACCACCUGGUUCAAGAGGCCGGGGUCGAGGACGCGGUCGAGGACGCGGUAGAGGACGCGGUAAAGGAACAUUACAAAAUUUGAUAGAUACCGAAUACACUCCUAGAUUAACAACGACAAACGUUUCUCAAUCGACAACGGAGAAGAGUAACAAAAUAGAUGACACAAGUGCAACAAGUUGUAUAAUGAAUGCCGAAGACGCUAUUACAGAUUCGAAAGUUACACAUAUUGAAAAAGCCAUACAAUUAAUAACUUGUGCUAAGUGUAACCAAGAAGUACCGAAGAAACAAUGGUCAUCACACAAUUUACAUCACCAUAAUAAUAUGGCUUGGCGAAAAGACGAUGAACCAUUGGAUUUCGAAAAUGACGUAAAAUUGUUGAAGAGAGUAUUAACUGCUGCUCUUAAGCAAAAAAAGAAAUUUCUAACUUGUGAAAAAUGCGAGGCUACGAGACGGAGUGUUGAUGGUUUUAUAUCACAUAUGCAAUUUUGUGGUAAAUCAGAAGAAGAAAGACAAGCGUUAAUGGUGACAUGUCCCAUUUGCUACGCAAAUAUGAUGCCUUCCUCUGUGGAAGUACAUGAACGUUACCACAGACAACUAGAACAGAGUAAAAUUGAAGAAGCAGAACUACGACUAGGAAGAACUAAACGGAAAGCAGCAGAGAAAGCAAUGCCAAGGAUAUUGGAACUCACCAAAUCUUUACAAGAGCAAAAUCUAAGCACGAACGAUGUAAUACAAAUGACGAAUAAGAAAAAAAUACCAAGCGCUUGGAAAGUUAUGUGGAAAAAAGAACUAGAAUCAGGUGUCAUAUCUUGUAAACAUAUAGGAUGUACUUUCACGUGUUCCUCUUACGAAAACAUUUGUGAACAUUACUAUCAAUGUGAUUUCAUUCCACAAGAGAAUUAUAUGUGUAAAAUCUGCAAGUUUUCUGCAGAUUCUGGAAAUAAGAUUGUAGAUCAUAUAACAGAAACUCAUUCCGUUUGUGACUUGGAGAAAUAUUCUGAUUAUGAGACAGAGGAAGAUGAGUGUUUAUCAGAUGAAAGUAGACUUGAAUGUAAUGUAAAACGAAAGUUCAGUAGUCGUCGUCUAUCGAAAAUAAAAUCCGACAGUACAAGAAUCUACCGAAAAAUGGCUUUCUUGGAUAAAGAAACAACGCAAAGUCCCCAUUCAAAUGAAAUUUAUAAACCAGCUUUACAUUGGACUCUGGAUUUUGAGCUGAAAAAUUAUGAAUUGGCAUUAUUCAAAGAUGAUAUGCCGAAUUGUUUUACGUUAUUGGAAAAUAAUGAUGCCGCAACAUAUCUCCCAGAAUUAACAGUUUCAAUGGCCUUCAAGCAAGUAAACGUCAAUUUAUCGAAAACGAAUUCAGACAAGGAUAAUUGGAAUCGUAUAAAUAGAUUUGAAAGUGAUAUCUAUGAAGCUGUGCCAACAUUUUUUGUCGGUGGUCCUAUAUGGGCGUUAGCAUGGUUGCCCAUUCCAUCAUUGAUGUGGUUCAAAAAUCCGAUUCAAUACGUCGCAAUAAGCACACAUCCCACGAUGGAAAGUAAAUAUACUGUGAGAAAUAAAUAUUUGGGCCCGAAUAUCAUACAGAUAUGGGAUGUUGGAUCCUUAAAUCAUCAAGUUAAUAGCAAGAAUAGAUCGCCCGUCUUAGCUUAUGCGAUUGCGCAUAAUAGCGGUACAAUUUGGUGUUUAGAGUGGUGCCCAUCGGGAUGCUAUCAGGAUGUUGAUCUUGACAAUUAUAAAGCAGACGAAAGUAAAAUUAGACGAAUGGGAUUACUUGCAGCUGCAUGCUCGGACGGAUGUAUAAAUAUUUAUUCGCUACCGUUUGCGGACGAACUUAAAUUCGAAAAAACGGAAAAUAAUUCAUUGCCGAUUUACAAGACUGAUCCGGUAAUGACACUGGUUGUAAAUACUCUUAUGUACGAUAAUAAUGAACAAGAUUGGCAAUGCACUAAACUGUCGUGGACGAAGGAACAUGGACAUAGCACUAUUGCUGCAGGUUUUUCGAAUGGUUACAUCGGACUGUGGCGUCUUACGACUACCUCACCUCUGUUGCUCAAUGUACGGAUGAAUACAAAAUUUAUAAAUGUUUAUCAACAUUUCUUUGCUCAUUACAACGCAAUUACUAUGGUAGCAUUAGUUCCGUACGGUAAAAGUCGAUUCCUCGCUUCCGCGAGUGUAGACAAAUCGUAUAAAUUUUGGGACUUGGAAGAAACGAGUACACCGCAAAGCUAUAUAAAAAAAGGCAUAGUAUCGAACGGUGCAUGGAUGAUGAACUGGCCGUGUGCAAUUCUUAGUUUCGACGAUGCACUUGGAUAUCAUUAUACGCAUUCCAUGAUAAUACCGUUGAGAGAAUACGGAUACAAGUAUUGUCCAAUUUUAGCAACCAACUCGCCAACUUAUGGUCUCGCUGUUUCCGAUCACGCUAAUAGUAUUGCACAUGGUACUUUAGCUGGAGAAGUAAUGACUGUCUUUCCUCAUCAACUGUUGUAUAAUACAGAAAAAAUAUUGCCUAAGAAAAGACAGUUGAACUCUUUUAUUGAGACGGUGGAUUUUUUAAAGGAACAGCAACAUAGAGAUAACGAAAACGAUCAAAAUAAAGAUAAAAAGAGUUCCAAAGAAUAUCACUAUAUGCCAGAAACCUAUAACGAAUGCAACGAUCGUUUUGGAAUCGUCUUCCAUGAUAAUUUAAUGGAUUUGGAAAAAUAUACCGCUAGGAAUAAACCGAAUAAGGAUACUUUGAAUAAUGACAAACUGAUAUCUGUCCCUAUUGAACAAUACCCAUUUACUUCUGCAAACAGGAUGGCUUGGAAUCCAAAUGCGUGGAGUUAUCUAUGGCUUGCAACGGGCUAUCAAAACGGCUUAGUGAGAUUAUUGAACUUGAAUUUCAUGUCCAAGUUCCGUGAUUUGAACACUUUGCUACUGGCACACGAAAAGUCUAUGCUUAACAAAAAAGAACAAGUUGACAUCGUUGUCACAUAGACGACGAAAAUAGAGAAUUUUAUAGAUCAUCCUUUGUUUAUAAA